AUGGAAUCCACCACGGCGCCGACCUUGCCGGCCUCGCCGCCGCCGUACCGCGAGAUACGCGCGCUGUUCGAUGACGGAACAAUCACGGUGUACCAAGCGUACAGCGGGACCAUCGCGUCGGCGGCCGUGGCGGCGCAGCGGCUGAACGCGUCACCCGCGUUCAGCACCACGCGCAUGACGUGGAUCAAGCCGAGCUGGGCGUGGAUGCUGUACCGCGCGGGCUACUCGCACAAGGACAAGGGCCAGGAGCGCAUCUUGGCGCUGCGCAUGAAGCACGCCGACUUCCUCUCGCUGCUCGAGAAGGGUGUGGUGCCCAGAGAAGGGAGCAUGCUGCCCCAAGUUAGGAUCCAGUGGGACCCGGAGCGGACGGUCCGCCUCGAGAAGCUCGGGCACCGCAGCAUCCAGAUCGGCGUGCCCGGCGCGCUCAGCGCGCACUGGGCCGAGAAUCUGAUCGUCAGCAUCGAGGACGUGACGCAGGCGGCCCGCGACCUGAAGAAGGUGCUUGACGAGAGGCCCAACGUUUCAGACGACGAGCUGGUUCGGCUGGGGCUGGUCCCGGUCGAGAGGCCGUUCCCGGUCCCGGAGGAGCUGCAGCGGGCUCUAGGCAUGAUCCUCCCGCCACCAUCUGACUUGGAUGCUAGUGAGGAUUAG